UUGCCCCCAGGUCUAUUGUAAACUUUAUUCUUAAAGUGCCCUGUAGAUAUUUAAAGAAUUGUAUAUCAUGCAGCAACUUGCAACACAGGAAGAGGUAUUAUCUGCUGCAAUUGCAGGGAGUUGAAAAUAAGUCUGUCAGUAGCAGUCCAUGAAGUUUUGUUUUAUUCUGCUCGCUCACCGACAUGGACGUUAAACUGAGCUUCAUUCUCAUGCUUAGUGGACUCACAGGAAUUCACAGCAUAACAACAGUCAGUGAAGUAUCAGUCAAAGCUGGAGGUUCAAUCUCUAUCCCAUGUCUCUAUGGCCCACAAUACAUAAACCAUGUGAAAUAUUUAUGUAAAGGAUCUUCAUGGAGGUGGUGCUUGUAUGCAGUUAGAACAGACCAACAAAGUUCAGGAAAGUAUUCAAUCUCUGAUGACAAAAACAGAAGAAUCUUCACCGUGACUAUAAAUGAUCUGACGGGUAAGGACACUCAUUAUUGGUGUACUGUGGUGAUUAAAAGAUGGCCAGAUGAGAGAGCAUAUUUUCAUCUGUCAGUCACUGAAGGCACACCCAGUCUUUAUGUGGACCAUCAGGGGAUUACAGCAUUUAUAGGAGAGAAUAUAACUAUUAAUUGUCACAAUGGUAACUCUGGAGCAAUGAGCUGGUGCAGAUUGGGAGACUCAUGUGUGACAUCGUCUGGAUCAAUUGGUGGAACAAGAGUGACCAUCGAUACAAAGAACCGUAAUGUUUUCACUGUGACUAUGAGCGGACUGAGGACAGAGAGCAGCGGCUGGUAUUAUUGUGUCAAAGGAGACUUCCAGAUGCCAGUUUAUGUAACUACUGCUUCCAUCUUGUCACCUACAUCUGAACACGUGACUCACGCCUCUGUCUUUGCCAGUGAAGCGCCUACAGCUCAUGGCGGACACUUCAGUUCUACCAAUCUCUCAACAAGUUUCUCCAUCCGACUGACCUUGUUGGUCCUCUUUGUAACGGUGACCUCAUUCAUCUGGUUUAUGGUCAAAAGACACAUGCGAAUCAAAUUAGACUCAUCAGCCACAACAACAACGACAACAACGGUAAAAUAUGCUGCUUCAUUUUUCAAUAACAUUUUUCCAGAGAAAGCUGCAUUACACCAUGGAAGUAAAGAGGAUAUCAUUGCCAUUUUUUUUUGUGAGGUACACCCUGGACAAGUGGCCAGCUUGUCCCAGGGCACAUAG